AUGUCCGUUUCGUCUGUGUCGCUGAACACAGAUGUUAACGUGAGAUACGAACGCCUUGCUGCGGAAUAUUCCAAGGUUUCUUCCGCCACGAAAUUUUUUUGAAAAGUAUAUAAGAAAAAUGGCUCUAAUUUGGCAUUUUUUUAAAAACUCAGUCGAUUUUUUUUUCAUCAAGAAGUUUCAGUUACGAGCUCAAGCGAAGGUAUUGAGAGAUGGAGUUUUGUCGGAGCGAAGUAAAGCGGAAAAGUUGGCGGUUGGUCUGGGAACUCUUUCUUGGGACUGAAAUCUGACUUUGAGGAGGAACUGAAGUCGGCAGAAGCGACGACACGGAAGCUGCAGACUGAGAACGAAAGUCUGCUCUUUCGGAAUGAACAGCUCGUCCGACGUGUCGAAAGUCUGCAGGAGGAUGUCGACCUCAAGCGGAUCGAUAGCGUUAAGGUUCAACUGUAGGGACAAAAAAAGAAUCCGUGGGAAAGAUUCACGCUUUCCUUGAAUCUCAUAUUAAUUUUUAGACUUUAGAAAUUUCACAGGCUUGCAAAUCUGAACAAACAAAAGAAAAACAUCUUUUUUGAAACUAUAUUAUGCUGAACACUUUUGGUGAGAAGUCUUUGGGAAAUUCGAUCAACUUAUCAGUUCAAUAGAUGAAAGAAGUUUCAACCUGAAGAAUUUCAUAUUUUCCGAGGCCACCUCAAAAACUUCUGAUCGUUGAAGUCAACUGAAACAUAAGUUGAAACCGGUGGUUCAUCUCAAUUUUCUGAAAACUUUUCGGUUUCAGAAAGACAAGGCGCCGAAGAAGAACGGUUUGCCGAAGGACGGAAUGGCGCAACUGCAAACGAUGGCGGCCAAGGUCCUUCUCUUGGAGGAGGAACUCAACAACAAGAUUCGUAGGAACGAGGAGCUAGUCACUCGGGUGCGACCUUCCUCCUAUUCUUCGCUGCAAGAAAUAGUCACAGAUCGCGGAAAACGAACGGCAACACAACGAAGAAAUGGCGGCGAUGUCGCAGAAGUUGGCUCGCGAGUAUCGCGAACUUGAGGCGCAGCUCGAUUCGAUGCAAAGAGAGCAGGCCAAGCGAUCCGCCAGUUUCUCCGCUCAAGUUCCGUCCCCCCUCCAAAAUGUAGUUUUUUGAUUGGCUUGAGAUCAUGUUGAAAUGAAAACUCGAAGAAAAAAGGAUGCGAAAAAACUUUAGAAGUGGUUGUUUUCUACAUACCUUCAUUAUUAAACGUUUUUUCUUUUUUUCCAUUUCUCAAGCUGAUAGUUUUCGAACUAAAACCUUAUUGGGGUGGUGAAACAAGUUCAUUUUCUUAAAGUGAAUGAAAAUAAAGCUGAAAAUUUUGAAAAAUAGGAAGUAUAAGCUGAAUUUCUCCUAUUUCUAAUACACUGUCAUGAUUCGUGGAAGAAUAGUUUUCAGACAGACGUAAAUCAAGAGGUAUUGACGGUAGAAAGUCCGCCGCCGCCACCGGCCAGUGAAGCGCUUCUUCACGUCGCCCAAACAGUCCAGAGCACCUUGCGAGGUUUUUUCCGCACAAUCUCUUUGUCUUACUUUUGUUUUAGGUUUUACGAAUUUUUUCAAUUUACUUCAACAACGCUCUGAAAUCUAUCCAUACGAUGUGACGAUGGAAACUUUGCCGAGCCAUGUUCUGAAGGUAAAUUUUUGAAGUAUAUGAAAAAACUCGCUUAUCUUUGGCAAUGUUUUCUCUGACUCGUUUUCCGCAGCUUUCGUUUUUCUACUCACUUUAAACAUAUUUUCUGAAGAAAAAAAAAAUAAAAAAUUUCAGCUGGCUGCAGCUUACGAUCAGUGCUCCAAGUUAUUCAGCGAGGCAACUCGAUUUGUCGACGAUUUUGUCGAAAAAAGCGAAUUUGAGGUUAUUUUUCAUUUUGGCUUCUUAGUCGUCAGCAAGGUGUAGAGAUUUUUGGAUGUGUAUGAUCUUAUGCUGAUCAACAGUGGAAAACAAUCGUUUUCCAUUGUUUUUACGUAAUCAAGUUUUUAUAUAUGUUUCUUUGGAUUGACUAGUCGUCGUCGUCUUGGAGCGACGACGGCGGAGCGGAAGAUGAGGUGUCGAGGCGUUUGAGUUAUUCAAUCAUGAUCUGUGGAAUCAGUCCCUUAUAUAAUGGUCUAAGUUUCCACGAGAUCUUUUUUCAUUAAUUCUUCAUUCUACAUACUCAACACAAGUGAAACAUAUUAGCCAAUUUAGAUCGUUUCAUUAAAAUAUUAUCGAAAAUAGACUUUUUUUUGAUCUAAAAAAUGCAGCCAUCAGUGGAUGCGGCGACUCUUCGUUCUUCAUUCGCUCUUAUAAGUCGCCAUUGCUCUACUAUGAUGCCCGAAGUUUUGCGGAAAAUGACCGACGAAGAGAAUAAAGUUUCCUUCUUUUUGUGUCUCUAAAUGUUUGAAUGACUUAGGUAACUUGGAGUACGCAGCAGUUGGAGCAAAUGAAUCGCGAUUGGGUCGAUGCGAUUUUGAAGUGAUUCACUUACUUGCAAAUUCCCAUCAAAGUUUUUCUGCUUCAGUUUAUUUGAUGUCUUUGGCCGAAUCAGCGUGGCUGUAGAUGUUUGGACCGAAACGAAAUCUCUGGAAGACCUUCUCAAGACUAUCUCUUCGCUUUCAGAGUUUGUCCGAGGUAAGAAUUCAGUUUUGAGCAGCUUCAAUCGAGAACAAGUUUUUCAAUGUAUGGAAAGAAUGUAUUUUUAGUGCAAAAACUAAUCCUCUGCGUUUUCGAAGUUUUGUAACGUUUCUUGUUGAGUGAAAUAAUAAAUUUUCAUCGAAUAUCUCAGAAAUGGUUUUUUGAAUUUUUAUUGAAGAAAAGACAGUUUCAAAAACAUUUCAUUAAUGGGUUAGUUUUUGUACGAAAAUAUAAAAGAAAAAAGAAAAAAAAAGAAAUCCGAGUUCAUUCACAGUAUCGCACCGUAGAUUUGAAUCAAUAGUUCCUCUUGGGGAUUUUUUAACAUUUGCCGACUUUUAGAUCUCGGCAUCAUCUUCCGGGACCGAUGGGUACACGAAUCGCGAUUUCCGACCUCGACAAAAAAGAUGCGAUGCGUCGGCGUGGCUCUUUCCGACUGUCUGCAGCUUCUGACCAACGAAACGGCCAAACUCGACGCCCGGACAUCUGCCGUUUUCAGAUUGGUUCGAUAUAACUGGAUUUUCUUUUUGAAUAGUCUGAUUUAGAUAGAAAAUGAAGCUAAGCAGGAAGAAGAAACGAAAGAAGAACAAGACCGGGUUCUUCAACCCGAGGAGAACAAUGAUGUAGAUCGUGCGAAACUAAAUUCUGGUCAAGAGGUAUAUUGACUUCUCCACAACUGGAAGCUAAGCUUUUCAGGCUUACAACGAUGCGAACUCCAACCGUCUCUGUGACUCCUGUGCCAAGAACUUGAACAAGAGUGAGGAAACAAAAGAUCAAAAAAUUUCAGUAGAGGAAGAAAGAGCUGACCUUCACGUCCCCAAGAUCGAUGUCAUAAAAGUUCGUAGAAGACUGUAAAAGUUUCAAAAUAAAAAAUGUCUCUAGGUUGAGUACUUACGAGAACGCGUGAACGGAUUGCAAGAAGAACGGGACAAACAGCAGGUCGACAUUUCUUUGCUGAAGAGAAAGUUGGAACUUUUAAGUGGGAAUGAAAAGUGAGUUUCGAUGGUUUUUGUGCGAAGAGGGCCGAGAUUUUUCAGAACCACAUCCUCGGAAAUUGACCAUCUGCGAGAUGUUGGCCGGCAAAUGACCAAGGAACUGCUGCAUAAGGUCGAGAAAGCGGAGUGCACUUGGCGAUAUUACAAGGAAGAGGUUUGAUGUGAAAAUUGAGCCGAAAAAAGAGUUCUAAGGCCCAAAGCUCUUUUUUAAAUAUUUCCCAUGAGCCAGAAUGGGGAGUUUGGAGCUUUUUGAUGCUAAUUUUUUUCUUUUUCUAAUUUUUUUCAGUUUCACUCAAAUGAUAUAUAAAUCUAUUUUAUAGUUCGCAUAUCAUAAAUUAUUUCAAAAAAUUUUACGCGAAUGUCCUGAAAAUUUAAAUAUGUUGUGAGUCAGAUAUUUCCUGUUUUUUGAAGUCGUUGUCGGGAAAAAUCACUGCGAUUAAAUUCGAAAAUCUUUUUUUUUGUUCACGGAUACGCGAAGCUCAUGAUUUAGUAAAGUUGAAUGUAGUUAAAAAUCGAAAAAUACCGUGAAUAUUAAAAUAUGCUUUUUUUUUCUCACCUUAUCAAUUUUUCUUCCUUCUCCUACUCUUACAUUCUGUGAAUUUUCGCUAUUCAAACACAAUGUGUUGUCGUUGCCGAAACUCGAUCGAAUAUUGAAUUGAAGGAAAAGUAUUCUAUUCAAAUAAUUGAGAAUUCAUGCUGAAAAAAACCUGUUUUUAAAUUUAAAAAUCGAAUUAGAACGUUUUUUUCUAGUGCGAAAUCAUCUUGCAAAUGAACCUGCAAUUGGAAAGUGAGAAAGCGGAACUGGAAAAUCGUAUCCAAAAGCUGGAAGAAGGACGAGGAAUGAUUGAGGUGAAGACAAAACGAUGUUUUCGUGCAGAAAUCGUUAUUCAGGAGGAGUUGGCGAGUGUGAGACGAAGUUACGACGCCCAGUUGGCGCAGUUGAGUGACCACGUCGCCGAGCUCGUCGCUGCUGCUCACGGAGCGGAGGUUCCUAAGACCGAGUCGCCCACCAAGGAGAAGAGAUCCAUGGUUUGUUCCGAGAAACACGUUGAACCUAAGUCGAUCUCGUUCAGUUCAAGUCGCUCUACAAACACAAAUGA